AUAAAACGUCUCCACUGCCCCCAGUCUUUACGCUUCACAGACGUACACACUCUCAUCCCAUCGAUCCAAAAAUGGCUGAAAAAUCAGAGGAAGAGCAAGAAGCUCUCCGUCUCACAUCCCUAGCAGAGAAGAAGUACAACAAUUCCAAUCUCAAAUCAGCCCUAAAAUAUGUCAAGAGAGCCCAUCGUCUCUGCCCCGACCUCGACGGCGUCGCCGAAAUGGUCACCGCCUUCAAAAUCCUCCGCGUCGCCGCCAAAGCAGCCACCACCGCCACCGCCACCGCCACCGCCGCUGAAACACCCGACUGGUACAAGAUCCUUCAGGUCGAGCCCUUCUCUCACAUCAACACCAUAAAAAGUAAGUACAAGAAGCUAGCCCUAACCCUACACCCCGACAAGAACUCAUUCGUGGCCUCCGAAGAAGCCUUCAAGCUCGUCGGAGAGGCGUUUAGGGUUUUGUCCGAUAAGAUUAGGAGGAAAGAGUAUGAUAUGAAGCUAAGAAUCGCGAUGCAGUCGGCGGCGACUGAGGCCAGUGGAGGAGGCACGGGGGAGACUUUCUGGACGGCGUGUUCGGCUUGUAGGUUGCUUCAUCAGUUUGAGAGGAGGUAUUUAGGGCAUAAUUUGAUGUGUCCGAAUUGUAAAAAGGGUUUUAAAGCUGUGGAGGUUUCUGGAGAGGUUGUGGAUGGUGAAGAAAGGGUUGAAACUAGGGCUAGUGUUAGGGUUAGGAGGAGUGUGGAGGCAAAGCAGAAAAUGAGUAGUGUUGGGGAGGUUUUGCAGAGGUCGAAGCCGAGGAGGACUGAAAGGGUGAGGAAUGUGGGUGUAAAUAUGGAUUCAAAUAGUGAUGGUGGUGUAAAUGUGAGUUUGAGGUCGAAGAGGGUUGAAAGGGUGAGGAAUGCAGGUGUAAAUGGGGAUUCAACUAGUGAUGGUGGUGUAAAUGUGAGAUUGAGGUCGAAGAGGACUAAAAGGGUGAGAAAUGUAGGUGUAAAUUGGGGUUUGAAUGGUGAUGGUGGUGUAAAGGAAAGAUUGAAUUCGAUGAGGGUCGAAAGGUCCAGAAUUGUGGGUAAGAAAGAGGAAAGGAGUGGUGGGGCUAAGUCAUUGGAUGACUCGAAGUCCAAGAGAGUGAAGAUUGGGGAAGAAACCAUGACAUUAGCAGAAAUGCAAUUGUUAGCAAAGAGAAAGGUGCAACAGAAGGCGAAAUUGAAGGAAAAGGAUAGUAUAGAUGAGAAAGAGAAGGCGAGGGGGAAGAAAGAGAGUAGGAGUUCAGAAAUUGAGAGACCAAGGGGUUCCAAGAGCAGGAGUUUAGAAAUUGAGGAACAUGAAAGGUCCAAGGGUGAGGAUUUGGAGAUCAUGGCUGUGGAGGAUUCAGAUUUCUAUAAUUUUGAUAGAGAUAGGGUGGAGAGGAGUUUUAAGAAAGGCCAAGUGUGGGCUAUUUAUGAUGAUGGUGAUGGAAUGCCAAGGCAUUAUGGGUUGAUUGAUGAAGUUGUUUCAGUGAAUCCUUUUGAGGUGGAGAUGAGUUGGUUAGACCUUCAAAACAAUGGAGAUGAGGAGUUGAUUUGUUGGGAGAAAAUGGGAUUUCAUAUAUCUUUUGGGAGGUUUAAGGUAGUUAGGAAGAUUUUAAUUAAAUCUGUGAAUGUUUUUUCACAUAUUGUGGAUUGCGAAAGAGCAGCAAGAGAGGUGUAUAGGAUUUAUCCAAAGAAGGGUUCAGUUUGGGCUCUUUAUAAUGAAAAUGCUUUGGACGCACGAGGAACAAACCUGUUACCCAAGGAUGGUCACUGUUAUGACAUAGUUGUCUUCUUAACAAAUUACUGUGAGAUGCAUGAUUUGAGCAUGGCUUACCUAGAGAAGGUUAGUGGGUUUAGAACAGUUUUCAAGAGGAGAGAGAUUGGGUCUCAUGCUAUCAGAUGGCUAGAAAAAGAUGAUGUUCGGUCAUUUUCACAUCAGAUUCCUGCAAGGAAACUUUCUGGAGAAGAAGCCUCCGGCCUUCCCAGAUACUGUUGGGAACUUGAUCCUGCUGCACUUCCUCCCGAGUUGCUUAGUAUUAGUUGGGAGAGAUAGUGUCUGCUUGUUUGGUGACAAAUACCUGAUGUGCUAUGGAUGUCUAGUGAUUCUUUGGUCUCCCUAUUUGGGUGAAUUUUGGUCUGAUUGGAAGAAAAGUAUCAUUGUGAGGUAAAAUCUGAACUCUUUGUAUUGUUUUUUGUUACAUCAUGAAAAAUUUUCAAUUCUUGUGACGUCAUUGGACCAAUGGUUUGUCAAUCACAAGGCAUCGCUACUGUAAGUAAAGCUUAAAUGGAAGUUUCAAGCACAAUUAUAAUUAGUGAAACAAUGUGCUUCUUCUGGUGAAACCUUAUGUAUAUUCAUAUAUGAUGAUGAUAUUAUUGAUAUAUUGCUAUAGAUUUGAUCAGGUGCUUAUAUGUUGC